AUGUCCCUGCUGCAGAGGAUCACUCCACAUGCACGAGCUGAUGUAGCAACAACAGCGGCGGCUGCAGCAGCUGCUGCGGCUUCCUCCGGUGGGAAUCCCUGCCUACCCAUGACGCAGCAUGUGUUGCUGCACUCUUCAGUGCGGCGGCAGCGGCAGCUGCUGCUGCACCAGCUGCUUCCAGUGGAUUACCCACGUUUCCACCUUCAGAAGCGCAUUGCCUCCUCGAGAGCAGCCAGUUCGGUUGCCGCUGCAGCUGCUCUGCAGCAUAGGGAUCAGCAACACCAUUCGCAUCUGCAGCAGCAUCAACAACAAACCUAUACCGGAGAUAACGAUUUCCCUUUUUCUGCCAACGCUGCUUGUUGGAGGAGUCCAAAACAUGACUUUGAUUUACCUCGACGAGGACAGCAACUACUACGGCGGCUACCGUACACAGAACAAGAACAACAUUUGCAGCAGCAGCAGCUGCUGCAGCAGCAUCAGCAGCAGCAGCCGAAUCAGCUGCAGCAGUGUCAGCUGAAGCAGCAUUACCUGCAUGAUCCUGCGUUUUCGCACUGGCAGCAUCCUGAGCCGCCGAGAAGUGGGGAUUUGCGAGCAGGGCACAUCGCAGUAUCAACCGUGCAAAAGCAACAGCAACAGCAACCGCAACAGCAACAACAACAUCCGAAUGGCCAGAAGUAUCGGCACCAGCAUCCUUGGCAGUGGCAGGAAGAGGCUUCUCUCGAGCGAUUCCUACUGGAACUUCCUCAGCCACCGUUCAACGUGCAUCAGCAACAGCGGCAGCAGUUACAAGAGCAACCGCGACUUCAGCAACAUCAGCAAAGCACGCAGCCUGACGCUAAUUGCAGCCCAGGUAACGUCCCAUCAGCAGGCUCAGUGGCCCAUACAGACGCUGCAGAAGCAGUGCUUGAGGCAACAACGGCGGCAUUACCACACGAGCAUCUGGAAACAACAGCAGCAGAAGUCAGGGCGGGAGAAACGGCACAAUCAGCGCCAGCAGGAGCAGCAGCAGAUGCUCCAUCCGCACUCAAAGGCCUGAAUGAGCUACGGCAAAUGGGCAGUGCACAGUUGCGCCAGGUGUAUAUGAGGCUGCUUGGCGUGUCGAAGGACCCUGCUGCGAGUUUGACAGCAGAAACAGGAGCGGCAGGAGAAAGUGCUGCUACUGCUACUCCCCCUGCUGCUGGACUUUCGGCCAGCGUGUUGCUGUGUCUGCAUGCGCUCGAGCUCGAAGCCAUGCAACAGGGGUUGCUGCUUGCGGACGUUCCCAAAGAGGAGCUGUUCAGACAUCUCCAGGCAGCGCAGCUGCCUGGAGAGCAGCGGCAGCCUCGAAAGACGGAGCGAAAGAAACCGCUGCGACCGUUGCUGCUGAAUACGGAGUGGCUGCAGCAGCAAAAGGAAGCUGCCUACGGCGCGAACCCGUACCCUAUUCCUCUCAGAUGGGCGCAGCAAGACCUGCCAUCGAACCUUCCGCAGCAGCCGCAACCGCAACAGCAGCAGCAGCAACAACAUCAGCAGCAACAGCAGCCGCAAGCGCAGCAGCAACAGCAGCAAGAGGAGCUGCAGGAGGAUCUGUUACCUUCUCGCUCGUCUGUAGAUGAGCCCUUGAGUGUACUACAGAGGAGGCAAGUCAUAAUAGAGGGAUGUAUAUGGAGGCGCCUGACUGCAGAGGUGCAACAGCAGCUGCAGCAGUUGGCAGCAACAGGCAGGGGGGGGGACUCUGGGCCUGCGAAGAGGCUGUGGGUCCCCUGGGUGCACGACAUGGCCAAGCCCAUAGCGUCCCUGCAGCAGCGGCAGCGACGAGUUGCUGCAGAAGCCGCUGUUGCUGCUCCAGUUGGUACAGAUGCACCACCUUCGACUGGUUCUGCAACCGCAGCAGCAACUGCUGUUGCUGUUGCUGCGAGUGAUCUAGAGGGCCACGACGCCUGCCUUCCACAGCAGCUCGACCCCGUCUUGCUAGCUGUCAUCACUGCGCGCACGGUGCUGCAGCAGGUGCUGCUGCCGCGUGCCACCGCACCUACGGGGCCAACCAGUAGGGGCCGGGAAUGUGCUGCUUCUUCUUGUGCAGGAGCCGCAGCCGCUGCUGCAGCUGCUGCUGCUUCGAUAUCUGGAGGGCCGGAGCUGCAACAGCGCCAAGCCCUCGUAACGCAAGUCGCAAUGGCUAUUGGGGAUGCAGUUCAUACAGAGGUGGCAGCUGCAUUUCUUGAAGGGCAACAGCAGCAAUACCAGUUAGGCCAGUGCUAUUUGCCGCUGCGCAAGCAGCAGCAGAAACGGCAGCAACGCAGCAGCAGCGUUGCUGGUACUGCAACACAGGCGGCAGCAGCGACACCGGUGUUGCUUCCCAGGUGGUCCUCCAGAAAGCGUCUGGCUGUAGGGGGGCUGCUGCUGCAGCUGCUGCUGAAGCAUGCCAUGAUUGAGGCUCCUUACGCUGCAGCAAAGGAGGAGCUCUCCAUAGAGCUGCAGCAACACCGUGCGGAGCAGCAACGCAUACUCCUUAGCAGACGCCGCAAGCAGGAAAACGAGAAGCAGAAACAGCAGCAGCAGUACCUGGGGGAGAAGCAGCUGCUAACAGCAACACAAACGCAAGCAGCAGCAGUGGCAGGUGCUCUCCCUGAAUCAGCCGAAGACAUUGUUGCUGCGAAAGAAGCUGCUGCUGCUGCUGCUGCUGCUGCUGCAGAAGAGGAAGCUGCAAUUGCCGCGGAGGCAGCAGCCGAUGGAGCUGCACCAUCUGGGAUUUAUGUGCGUUUCGGCGGGAGAGCAGCAAAGGAGCUGCAGCACCUUGUAGCCUACAAAUCUCGCCACGGACACGACAAGGUUGAGUUGCCGGCAUUCCGCCACCGAGUUGUGUAUUGCGCAAAACGACGCAAAAAAUUUGGAGUUAUCGAAAUGCGGCGGCUUUGCUUUGACCGCUUGACAGCUGUGGGGACGGGCCCUGAAGAAGCAGCGGUCGCUGCUGCUGCUGCCGCUGCUGCUACUUCGCGUUCUGUUACAGCAACGGCGACAACACCAGCACCGCCCCUCACGGCGACAGCAGCUGCUGCAGCUGCUUCUGCUGCUGUUAGCUGUCCAGCUAAUCGGACGAGCGGCCUUUCGCAGAGUCCCCUGCCCUCCAAGGUAAGCGGAGGCGCGGAAGCAGCAGCAGCAGCAGCUGCUGCUGCUGCUGCUACUGUCCGCACAGCCACAGACCGUCUCUCUUCUCCAUUCUGGCUAAUGCUCAAGCAUGUACCCAUGCUGCUCCCCCCAGCCCCGUGGACUUCCUAUGGCAGCGGCGGCUACCUUAUGUUGCGCACAGCCUUCGUGCGAAGUGUUUCUGACACGGACCCUGGAAGCAACAGCAGCAGCUUCGCAUCUACGGACGCUGUUCAUGACUCCGAGGAAGUUCCAGGCAACACGGAUCCCCUGGCAUUAUCUGUUGGAGCAGAAGCGGACUGCAGCAAGAAGAGCAAUAGCCACGUCAGAUGCAACCGGGGGAAAAAGGGGGGCCGCAGCAAUAAAGGUAAUGAAAUCUACUUGGGCUGGGGACCUCGAGCAAAGGCCUGUCAAGACUUCCGGGUGUAUGACACAUCUACCGUUCGCACUGCUGUCUCCCUGCUGGGCUCUGUCCCCUGGCAAAUCAACAACGAGGUGCUCAAGGUGCUACAGGCAGCCUGGGCAGCUGGAGAGGGCCUGGGCAAGAUGCCAUCUCGUCACUCCAUGCCGAUUGCUGAGCAGCUGCAGCAGCACGAGGCGCAGCAGCAGCAACAGGGCGGCACCGCCGGUAAGAUUAGCAGCACCAGCAGUAGCGAGAGCCGAUCGUUGCUGCUGCGACAUCUCUUGCAACAGGAAACGCGCAUGAAGAGUGAGCGGCCUUCAUUCUUGUUGAAGCUGGAGACCGCUGUGAAUUUUGCUUUAUCCUCUGCCCUGUACUUCCCCCACAACAUCGACUUCAGAGGCCGCUGCUACCCGUUGCCCCCACACCUCAACCACAUGGGCGACGAUGUUUCCCGCGCCCUUCUGCGGUUUGCUCGCAGCAGGCCGCUAGGGGACAGCGGCUGGAGGUGGCUGCGCAUACACAUGGCAAAUCUUUUUGGCCACAAUAAAAUUUCAUUUGAAGAUCGACGCAGGUGGACAGACACUAAAAUGCAGCAGAUCCUCGCGGCGGCAGAGCAGCCGCUGCAGCACAAGGAAUUCUGGGGCGCAGCCGAAGAGCCGUGGCAGGCACUGGCUGCAGUCUUGGAAAUCGCAGCAGCUGUCAAGUCUGGGAACCCUGCAGCAUUCUGCAGCAAGCUGCCUGUCCACCUGGACGGGACAUGCAACGGCUUGCAGCACUAUGCAGCUCUCAAUCGAGACCUUCGAGGGGGAGCCGCUGUAAAUCUGGUCCCGGCAGAGACACCUCAAGAUGUUUACUCCCUCGUACUGCAGGUGGUCAAGCAGAAUGUACACCGUAUCGCCAGCGGUUGCACAGACUCCACAGGAGUCGCUGUUGCGGCUGCCCCGGAUGUACCGGACGGUGCAGAGGCGCAGAUCCAUCAUCAUCAGCAUAUCAAAGGGAAUGUGCGAAAACAGAAGCCCUUGGCCAAGGAGCUGCAGCGUCAGCACCCGCAGCAGCAGGAGAGGCGACGGGAGCUGGCGCGUUUGUGUGAGGAACACUUGGUGCUGCAACGGUCUGUAGUCAAACAAACGGUGAUGACGGUGUGCUAUGGAGUAACAGCACUCGGUGCAAGGGACCAGGUGCUAUCUCAGCUGGAGGACCUGUUGGGGGGGCGCGUGCGCCCAGAAGUGUUGCGGGAGUUGGGUGGUUUCUUGUCACGGGUUGUGCUGCAGUCUAUUGGGGAGUUGUUUCGCGGGGCGAUGCGGACAAAGAAGUGGCUUGACGCCGUUUCGACUGUGUGCACAGCUGCAGGAGUCCCCGUGGCCUGGAAGGUGCCGGCUGUUGGAUUGCUAUGCGAACAGCCCUACCGCUCUUUGCAGCAGCAGCAGAUCCGCUCCGCGCUGCAGCGCCACACGUUGCACGUCUCGGGGGACAGUGCACCCGUCAGCAGAUCUAAGCAGCGGCUGGGCUUCCCCCCCAACUUCAUUCAUAGUCUCGAUGCUGCGCACAUGAUGCUCACGGCCUUGGAUUGUAUAGGGACCCGCCACAUCGACAUGGCCGCCGUACACGACUCCUACUGGGCGCACGCGGGAUGUAUAGACACCCUGGCCACUGCCCUUAGACAGCAGUUCGUUGCCCUCUAUCAGCACAAUCCCCUGCAGUCUCUUUACGACAGUGUCAAACUCAGACUUCCCCAGCAAGCAGCGAAGCUCCCGCCACCCCCAGCCAAGGGGCAACUUGACAUUCACCAGGUCCUCGACAGCCCCUACUUUUUCCACUAG